AUGAGAAAGCGACUGUUUCGGGUGGGUACAAAGCCCCGGGUAUUGUGGCAGAAGGAGCAGGAUUCGGGGGUAUUGCGGCUAGCAGUGCUCAAUCAGCUGGUGGUAUUUGUGGGGCUCAAGCUAGUCACCAUGGCACUGGGCUUCAACAUCAACUUAGCACAAAUCUUCACCCUUCCGGUGGCUCUGGUAGAAAUGAUCUUGCCCUCGAAAUGUGAGUUUUUGAAAUUCCAAUCAAUACUUAUUUUUUUAAAUUUGCUGUCACUCUUGGUAUUAAACACUGUCUAUUAUUUACGGAAGCUUUUGAACCAAAAUGCGUUGUUUAGAUUCCUCAAAGAUAAUUUUUACACUUUCAGAGGCGAAGUACACGUGGGUGAGUUUGUUGAAGGUUUGGGUCCAGGUCAGUUGGUUGGUCGUCAAGUGCUGGGAAUGCCUUGUCUUGGUGAGAUUCAGCUUUCCUUCUUCGACAGAAAAGGUCAUCUUGAGGUGGAAGUGAUUCGAGCACGGGGUCUUCAACAGAAGAACACAUCCAAACCCCUCCCCACUCCAUAUGUCAAACUGCACUUGUUGGAAGGCAAACAAUCCGUUGAAAAGAUGCGUACCACUGCCCCUGCUCGUCGUACUCUUGACCCCCUCUUCCAACAACAAUUCUCCUUCUCAAACUCCUAUAAGGAUAAAAUCCUCCAGGUGAGCGUAUGGGGCGAGUACGGCAGAAUGGAUAAAAAGGUGUUUCUAGGAAUGUGCGAAAUAGUGCUGGAUGACUUGAAUCUCCGAUCAAUUGUGUUUGGAUGGUACAAACUUUUCGGAAUGAUCGCUGCUACCGCGCAACAUCAUAAGCAAGUCCGCAAACAGACAGACUCCUCUAUCUCCCCCAUGUUAUCUCCUCUUCCGUGGACCACAUACAACAACUAA